GUUGCCAGGAUGUCAGCAGCGCGGGGCGGCGCUCCGAAACCCGGCUGCUGCGAGGGAGGGUGCGGCUAUCGCAUCAGCUGGCACCCGACGCACUGCUGCGCCAAGUGCGCGGCGACGAGCGGGCGCGAGCACGACUGGGGGCGCUGCGAGCACCAGCAGUGGUCCCUGGAGCCGUUGGACAGCUCCGCCUUCGCGGUCUGCUUCCCAGCAGCCAGCACGCUGGGCCGGUGCGGUGGGGCCCUGGGCGCCGGCCCUGCCUCGCUAGAGGGACACGGCGGGACGGGCGCGACGCGGCAGUUGCCCGGGUGGCUUUGCGUGGACGCCUCGGCCCCAGGGGGCGUGGCCGCCCAGGAGGCUGCGUCCAUCUUCCUCGAGCACGGCUUCGUGGUCCUGCGCCGCGCCCUCAGUGCCCCCGCCGCCGACGAGGUGUUGUGUGCUUGCAGGGACGUCCACAAGGCUGUGGAGCAGAACGACCCGUUCGGGUUCGGGAAUCGUAACCCCGGGCGCUACUCGAUUAACAACUGCACCGGGUCGGGGCAGUGCAUGCAUCUUUGGCCGUUCGUCCAGCACCUCGUAGACAAUAAGCUCGUGCUGGACGUGCUGGACGCCAUAUACGAGCAGUCGGCCCACCGCAGGCUGCCGGUCCCGGAGGCUGGGGGCUGCCGCGCGGGGGCGCCUUCGGAGCCGUACUACAUCGGCCGGGCGUCGGGGGACUUCUGCUGCGGGUGGGUGGAGCACUUCCAGAAGCUCCACAGCGACAUGGCGGACGCGUGCCCGCUGUACGGCCCGCCCCCGCCGGAGGAGGGGCCUGACGGCACAAAGGUGUACGGGUGGUUCGGCUCCAGGCCGUACACCACCCCCGCGCCCAUCCACGACCGCGGCCGUCCGCCAGCCAUCUCGGUGAACUUCGCGGUGCAGCCGCUCACGCGCUGGAACGGCCCCAUGCGCAUCGUCACCUGGGGCGACAUGCUGUCCUACGCCACGCCAGAGUCGCAACGGCCCCCUGAACUGCUGGGGGAGCUCCGCGAUCGUCCCGACUGGCUCGCCUCCCGGAUCUUCCCGCUGGAGGCGGGGGAUGCGCUCGUGCGGGACGUCCGGGUCUGGCACGGCGGCUGCCCCAACCUCUGCGGCGAGGCCCGGUACCUGCCCAGCCUGGACGUGACCAGCCCAGAGUACGACGACUGGUUCUACCCCGUCUGGGAGGCCCAGGAGCGCGAGAGGGGCAAGUACGAAGAGGGAGGCUGGGCCUUGCCGCUCGCCUUCCUGGACAGGAUCGUGGACCCCCGCGCCCGGAGGCGGUGCCGGGAGGUCGCCGAGCUGCGGCCCGACGGCGAGGCGAACCAGCGCGCGGGGGACCCCACCUGGCUCGCCAGAGACGUCUCCCGCGUGCAGUGGCCCAGGCGCUUCCCCGCCGCAGAGCUCGGCGGCACGGAGGUGGAGGUCGCCGGGCUGAUGGGCGCGCUGGCGCGGCUGGCGGCCGGCCGCGGCCCGCCGGCGGAGGCCGCCGCUGCGCGGCUGCGCCAGCGCCUGCUCGCCGUGGAGGCGGGCCUGCUGCCGCCCCUGCCGGCCGCGGAGGCGGGCGGAACGCCUCCAGGGGCCGCGCUGUCGGAG